AUUAGGGAUUGGGAGAGAGAGUGGGAGUCAGAGAGCAAAUGAAAGUAGCUGAUUGGACUUUGGGUCCGUUUGUUCCUUCGCUUUGUUUGCUUCAGAUAUUUUUCUUUUUUACGUUUUUUCUGUUGCUUCAUCCCAAACAGAGAUAUUUCGGUAACCAAACAUUUUCUCUUCCCCACCAAAACAGAACAAACACGUUCGUCUCGUUUCGUUCCCAUGGCGGUCUCCGUUUCCGCGUCCUCCGCGAUUGCUUCUUUGAACUCCGAACGCUCCACGCGCUUGGCACCCUCACUCGUCUCCGCAUCUUCUUCCGCCAAGCAAUCCUCGCUGCAAUUCACGUCGCCCACGCGCCUUCUUCGGAUUAGUACUCCACGCGCUCCCGCUCCUUCGCGACCUCGAUUCCUUCCUCUGGUUCAAGCGAAGAAACAAACCUAUAACUCGUUUGAAGAUUUGCUUGCCAAUUCUGAAAAGCCUGUGUUGGUUGACUUCUAUGCAACCUGGUGUGGUCCUUGUCAAUUCAUGGUUCCCAUACUCAAUGAAGUUAGCACUCGGCUUCAGGAUAAGAUACAGGUGGUGAAGAUUGAUACUGAGAAGUAUCCAACCAUUGCUGACAAAUACAGAAUUGAGGCGUUGCCGACUUUCAUCAUGUUUAAGGAUGGAGAUCCUUAUGAUCGCUUUGAGGGAGCAUUGACUGCAGAUCAGCUCAUUGAACGCAUUGAAGCUGGCCUCAAGGUUAAGCAAUAACCCUACUAUAAUGAAGACACAGAAGCUUGUCUAUUGGAAUGUUCGAUCACAUACAUGAUAUGAUUGACUGGAAUCACUUGUUGUUUCAACAUCAUUCAGACAUUUUUUGAAGAGAUUAAUGUAUCUCAAAAUGCAUAGAUUCAGCCCUAAAAUAUUUGUUGUUUACUUAUUAGCAGUGGCAUUUUUUUUUUAAAGAAAUCACGACUAAACCUAGUUGUGUUUGUGAGUUCCUUGAACGAGCUAAUUCUUGUCUCUUCUUUUGACUCGUUCCACUUUAUCUAUUUUCAUUUUCUGAGGUUUAGAAGCACUGCAAGUAUACAGA